CAACACUACUAUAUAACAAAUAAUUUGAGGCAUGGCAAAGAAGAAAAGUAGACGUCCAGCCCCAGGAGGGCCAGUAACACCAGCUGUGGUAGAUGAGAGUAAUGCUGUCGUUAGAGAGGAGGAUAUGAUGAGAGAUGAUAUUGACGACCACCUGCUCUCUAGGGACACUAUCAGGUUUGACGGUGACAGUGAGAGUGAAGGUGACGAGGACCUUGAAACAGAAGACCUGUUACAACUACCUGAUUCUGACGAGGAAGAUGAGAGUGAAGAGUCGGGAGAGGAGAUGAGGGAGCGAGGUUUUGAGGAGAUAGAAGACGAACUCAGAGAGAAGGACCAGGCGUGGGGAAAGAAGAGAUCUACCUACUACAAUGAGGAGGAAGAGGAGUCAGACUUGUCCAGUGCUGCAGAGGAAGAGCUGGAGGAGGAGGAAGAGAGGGAGGCGAUGGUUUUACAGAAGAGAUUAAUGAGCCAUCUAACUGACGACCACUUUGAUUCACAGAGAUUUAUAUCAGACUCCAAAGAGACAACCGAAAAGAAAACUAUUGUCAGAACAGACUUUGAAAAUAUGUCUAAAGAUGACAAACUUAUCUUUCUACACCAGAACUGUCCGGAACUACCAGAAAUGUUGGAGGAGUUUAGAGAGAAGUUGAGCGAGGCUAGAGAGCCCCUUUAUCCCUUACUUCAGUUAGGCAGACAGCAAGGCACAUUUUCACACACAGGACACGACUACAUUGAGGCUAAAUACAAACUAAACCUUCUCUACUGUCUUAAUAUUGGGUUCUACCUCAUGUUGCAGUCUUCAGACAAAACUGAUGUCAAGAAUCAUCCAGUUAUUCAACGAAUUGUGGACCUCAGGAAAAUGUUCAAAACUUGUGCUAAAACAGAUUUUACCCUGGAGAAAGAAAUAGAACACCUGUUAAAUGAGAAGCAGAGUGAUGAGGAGGAGGAUAAACAGAGGAAGAGGAAAAUAUCUUCAGACAACACCAAAAGUGAGGACAACGAGGAAGAUCUGUACGAAAAAACUUUGAAACUCUCCGAAGAAAAGAAACGUAAAAAGAAGAAGAAGUCAAAAGGUAUUGAAGUGUUGUCAGAAGACCCAACAACGAUGAACGAAGAAGAUGAAGAAAAGAGAGGAAUCACAUUCAAAAUAAUGAAGAACAAGGGUCUAACACCACACAGGAAGAAAGAACAGAGAAAUCCCAGAGUGAAACACCGUAAAAAGUACGAUAAAGCCCUGAAAAAGAGGCGCUCCCAAGUACCUGAUCUCCGUGACCACAAGGGAACGUAUGAGGGCGAAAAGAGUGGAAUCAAGUCGAAUCUUACCAAGAGUGUUAAGUUGCGUUGAAAACUUUUCAGUGGACUUGACUUUUUUAUUUGUUCCGUUAUUUAAGGCACUUUUGUCGACACCCCACCAGUUUUUACUGCUUUUUAUUGUUUUAAUUAUGACUUUGAAGGGUUUUCUGGGUUAAUUUAUUAAUGAUAGGCCGGUUAUUUCAGAACUUAUGAAAUGAGUUUUAACAUCAAA